CUGACAGUAAGAGGAAAUUCCCCUGGAACCUGUUCCUCGGCUUCCUGGCCCCACAGGGACACCAGCUGGAAAGAGAGGCCUGGGCAGAGCCCCCAGCCGCCAUGGCUUCAGCCCCGAUCCCACCUCGGGCCCCCAAGCCCAAGGCCACCCAGCCUUCACACUACCAUGAGAGCUUUCUAGAGAAAAAGGGGCCCUACGACCGGAACUACAGGAAGUUCUGGGCAGGGCUGCAGGGCCUCACCAUCUAUUUCUACAACAGUAAUCGGGAUAUCCAGCCCCUGGAGAAGCUCGACCUGAGAACAUUUGUGAAGCUCACGGACGACGUUCCCCGGGGAAGCAUGUGGGACCCAGGCAUCUACUUCAGCCUGGUCCUCAGGGACCAGGACAUCAGGUUCAAGGCGGAGAGCCUGGAGUCUCGGGAGAUGUGGAAAGGCUUCAUCCUGACUGUGGUGGAGCUUUGUGUCCCAUCCAACCUGACCCUGCUGCCUGGACACCUGUACAUGAUGGCAGAAACCUUGGCCAAGGAGGAGGCGCGCCGUGCGCUGGAGGUGCCCUCGUGCUUCCUGAAGGUGAACCGGGUGGAUGCGCAGCUCCUCCUAGAGCGCUACCCCGAGUGUGGGAACCUGUUGCUGCGGCCCAGCGGGGCUGGCACAGAUGGUGGUGUGUCGGUCACCACCCGGCAAGUGUUCAAUGGGAAACCUGUUGUCCGGCACUACAAAGUGAAGCGCGAAGGCUCUCAAUACGUGAUCGAUGUAGAGGAUCCGUUCUCCUGCGCCUCUCUGGACGCAGUUGUCAACUAUUUCGUGUCACACACCAAGAGGGCACUGGUGCCCUUCCUGCUGGACGAUGACUACGAGAAGGUGCUAGGCUACGUGGAAGCAGAUAAAGAGAACGGCGAGAAUGUAUGGGUGGUGCCCUCCGCCCCGGGCCCAGGUCCUGCUGCCUCUGCAGAUGGCCCCAAGCCACUACCACCUGUGUCCAACCAGGACAAGCCCCCGCUUCCUCCUCUGCCCCCACCACUGAGCCAAGAAGAAAACUAUGUGAUCCCGAUUGGGGAUGCCCCAACUGUUGACUAUGAGAACCAAGACGUGAUUCCCCCCAGUCGGCCUAUUGUCCUGAAGACCAAAAGGGUGGCCAAGGUCCCAGCCAAGCCUCCGAAGCCACCCAUUGCGCCCAGGCCAGAGCCCAAAGGCAACGGUAGUGUCCUGACCAGGAAGCCACCAGACGGCAAGUCCCAAGACUUCCUCACAACAAGGAUGGGGAACGUGACAGCGGAGCUGGAGGAGAAGCUGCUGAGGCGGCGGGCGCUGGAGCAGUGAGCGGACACCCAGGGAACCAGCAAGCGAGUCUCACCACUGGGAUCUGUCUGGGAUUAAA